AUGGCAGCUUUUAUCACUUUGUCCAGCUCUGCGGCUGUCAUUCUCCUGGUAAUUCAUGGAGGUUUGUGUGUGGAUACCAUUGGAGGAGAUGAAGUGGCACCACACUCAAGAUCAUUUUGGCUAAUCAGUGUAGCAAAUGGAAAAUGUAUUUGUGGAGGAGCUUUUAUCAAGGAAAACUGGGUGUUAACAGCUCACUGUAACAGCUCACUGAAUGGAGGCAAAGUUAUUCUUGAUUCUUAUUCCAGAGUAAAAGAAAAACAAAAACAGCUUCUUAAGAUUGGAAAAUGAAUUCAUUACCCAUGCUACUGUUCAGAUUGUAAGGAACACAACCUCAGGCUGCUGCAGAUACACUUCAGAAAACAGCAAAACAGUGCUGCGCAGCUCAUUCCCCUGCCUACUUCAGAGGAUGAUCGCAAACCAGGAGCAACUUGCAAAGUAGCAGGAUGGGGAUAAACACAUAAUCUUCUGAAAAAGUCUCCUGAUACCCUGAGGGAGGUCAGUAUCACUGUCAUUAGUAAUGAAAUUUGCAAUGACAAGAACCAUUAUAAAAAAACCAACCCUGUUAUAACAAACAACAUGGUAUGUGCAUAGGCUAAAAAGGGAGAAAAGGACUCAUGUUUUGGGGAUUCUGAUGGACCUUUAAGAUGUAAUAAUCUGAUGAGAGGCAUCACUUCUUUUGGGAAGAAAAACUAAUGUGGUACUGUCAAUGGCCCUGGCAUCUACACCCAACUCACAAAGCAGUACCUUCAGUGGAUAAAGAAAACCACAGGGGGAGCUUAA